GUGGAUCUGGCUUCCCAGGCUCUGGAGAAGUUCAACAUUGAGAAGGACAUCGCCGCCUACAUCAAGAAGGAAUUCGACAGAAAAUACAAUCCCACCUGGCACUGCAUUGUGGGCCGCAACUUUGGCAGCUAUGUUACUCACGAAACCAAGCAUUUCAUAUACUUCUACCUGGGUCAAGUGGCAGUCCUCCUCUUCAAAUCUGGUUAA